UUAGAGCGAGAACAGAGAAACUCAGCAGCCAAUGAGCAGCGUCUCCGGGGGCGGGAGCAGAGAGACAAGGAAACGCUGUCACCGCCGUUGACACGCACGUGGAGCUUGGUUAAAGGUAUAGGGACUGCUGCAGCUCAGGCGGGGCCGGGAGGAUGACCCCCUGAGGGCUUCAGGGGAGUGGUCAGUAUUAAGAGCCUGGCCCACAGGAGAUGCCCGAAGGCGAGCUUAGUGCAGGAAGUACGCCCUGGGAGGGGAGGCUAGUGGACUGGGAAAGGAAAAAUGGAAUUACCAGCCAAACUCCGAAGCAAGAUUAUGGGAACACAGAAGGAAAGGGGCGAUCUUGUUGGGAGAAGAAAUUGGGGCUUGAGAGUGGGAGAGGUAGAAGUGACUUGUGGACCAUGCGAGAUAGGUACUGUGUAGUGGGGGGUAGGGAGUGGUACUCUGGGGAGUGGGGAGGUGCUGGGGUCAGGAAUGACUGUGGAGUGAGGAGGAGGAUGGCUUAAUAGGAAGAAGGAAAUUGGAUCAAAUCAUCGCAGACCAGAGUGGGUCUUCCUCUUCUAGCUCUGAACCCCCUCCCUCCAGCCUCAUUUCUUUAAAUGGGGGUCAGAGCAUACUGCUCCCUUUGUUCACAGUGCACUGGAGUUCACACUAGCCAGACCAAUAGAAGAUGGAAAGGCUGCACUCUCCCAGGCCUCCUCAUCUCUGCCAACUUUCCCCUUUUUCACGUUUUGCCCAUCCUAGGUAGUAGGAGUUUAGUCCCUAGGUCAAUGCCAGUAAUAGACAACUGAGGGUAGAGGGCAGCAGGUGGCUGUGUAAAAACCACUUCCAUGCUGUGGAUGCAGGGCUGAGAAAUGGGAAACCUGCCAGUGCCCUAUCCAGCUUUGACCUGACUGAGGCAGACUUGGGUUGAGGCCUCUCUAUAGCCCUGGUUUCCACCAACAUCAGGAAGGGGAGUGAGGAGCCACCUAGGCAGGCACCCAGGACUGUGCAAGCUGUGUGAGGGGCCACUGCUCUAAGGAAAGGCUGUUUGCUAGGAGCUGCAGGUGGCUGGUGACAAAGCAAACAGCAAUGGAAUGGAUAGAUCAAAACAAGUCUCACCACUGCUGAACAGAACGGCGAUCCCGGCUGCGUCCUUUUGAGGGAAGACCUGGGUUUAAGUCCUGCCUUCAUCGAUCUCAAGAUAUGGGACCUCAUAGAAGGGAGAAGAGGCAUUGCUGAGGAUGUGCACCUGAGCAGGUCUCAUCUGAGGUGCCCCUGACCGUCCCUGUCCCCCACCCCGGAUCCCGGCAAUGCUAACCGCUGUCUGUGGCUCUCUGGGCAGCCAGCACACGGACGCGCCUCACGCCUCCCCGCCGCGCCUUGACCUGCAGCCUCUCCAAACAUACCAAGGCCAUACAAGCCCGGAGGCCGGGGACUACCCCUCCCCGCUGCAGCCUGGAGAGCUGCAGAGCCUCCCGCUGGGCCCGGAGGUGGACUUCUCACAAGGCUAUGAGCUGCCAGGGGCCUCCUCGCGGGUAACCUGCGAGGACCUGGAAAGCGACAGUCCCUUGGCCCCGGGACCCUUUUCCAAGCUCCUGCAGCCGGACAUGUCACACCAUUAUGAAUCAUGGUUCCGGCCAACUCAUCCGGGCACAGAGGAUGGCUCGUGGUGGGACCUUCAUCCGGGCACCAGCUGGAUGGACCUCCCCCACACUCAGGGCGCGCUGACCUCACCUGGCCACCCGGGGGCGCUUCAGGCUGGCUUGGGAGGCUAUGUCGGAGACCACCAGCUUUGUGCCCCGCCACCCCACCCGCAUCCGCACCAUCUCCUCCCACCUGCCGGAGGGCAGCAUCUCCUGGGGCCGCCCGACGGGGCUAAGGCCUUGGAAGCGGCCGCCCCUGAGUCCCAAGGGCUGGAUUCCAGUCUGGACGGCGCUGCGCGGCCCAAAGGCUCCCGGCGGUCAGUUCCCCGCAGCUCAGGCCAGACCGUGUGUCGCUGCCCCAACUGUCUGGAGGCGGAGCGACUGGGGGCUCCGUGUGGGCCCGAUGGGGGCAAGAAGAAGCAUUUGCACAAUUGCCACAUUCCAGGCUGCGGGAAAGCCUAUGCCAAGACGUCGCACCUGAAGGCACAUCUGCGCUGGCACAGCGGCGACCGUCCCUUCGUGUGCAACUGGCUCUUCUGCGGCAAGCGCUUCACGCGCUCUGACGAGCUGCAACGCCACCUCCAGACGCACACGGGCACCAAGAAAUUCCCCUGUGCAGUUUGCAGUCGGGUCUUCAUGCGCAGCGACCACCUGGCCAAGCACAUGAAAACCCACGAGGGCGCCAAAGAGGAGGCUGCUGGGGCAGCCCCGGGCGAGGGCAAGGCCAGCUGCGGGGUGGAGUCCGCGGGGGGCAAAGGCAACCGGGAGGCCGAGGGCAGUGCAGCUCCUUCCAACUGAGCUCUUUGGUGCCGCCUCCCUGCUGAUCUCUGGGGCUAUAAGAGUCCCCAGAUCUGACACCUUCGGGGGGCGACUUAAGUAAGAGGGGAAGGUGGUUAUUUAUUGAUGGGGGGAAGUGGUGCGGGGACAGGGAGAGGGACAGGGAGAUGAGGCGCUAGGGGAUUUUAGUCUCUGGGACUGGACGCAAAGCAUUUGUUGGGGGCGGGAGGAGCUGUGCACGCCCCUCUGCUCUUCCCUUCCUCACUAUUUCACUCGUCCCUGGCCUGGGGGGUUAGGGUGAGACACCCCUACCGCAGUUGGAGGGUGGAAGGGACAGGCUAGAGGAGAAGGCGCGUCCUGUAUCCCGGGAGCGGAAUAGGAGUGGGGCCGGCGGGGCGCUGGGGGUAGAUGUCUGGACACGUCCCUAGCGCCUGGGAACCGGAACAUAAAAGCGCCUCCGGAGCCUCCCUGCGGCCCGGGUCUCUUUCAUCCCCCAUAAAGUGCUUCUGCCCCUAGGGUUUCCGGAGGGAGCGCUGAGAUGGGGUGGAGGAGGCUGGGGGUCUCCCUUGGCGGGGGUGUCUCUAUCUGGCUUGGAAGGUUGUUGCUGUAAAAAUAAUUCCUUUGAUGUGCCUCCUUAUUAACCCUUCCAGACCCGGUCUGAAAGAGCCGUGAAGGAAGAGGGAAAGAGGGCUGGAAUCCUUGACAGCUCCCAGUCGGGGCUGUGUGGUGGAGGGCAGAGUUAGAUGUGGGGGUGGGGGUGAGUGGGGAAGUCUUCUAAAACAAGAGAAAGGGGUUUGGUGGGGGAAUGGAAGGAACUAACCCCUUCCCUUUCCAAUUCUGAUUCAGCCCUUAACUCUUGGUCUUUAUAAAAAAUACAGUUCAGUGGCCCACAGUCCCGUCUCUACUCUAGGUAGGUUUCCAAGGCAGCCAGCAGCACCCCCCGUAGAGCUGAUGUAGUUCCUUACCCUGGGUUCCCAUCCUGUGCCUUUCCCUUGGGAGUGCAAGAGGGUUAUUUGGGCUAUUUGGGGGCAGGUUGGGUGUGGCCCAGCAGAAGGACCUCCAGAGGUUCCCACUCAGAGUGGAGGACUCUGCGCCGGCCUGCUGGCCUCCUGGCCACCUCCUUGGCCAUCAUGAAGAAGCUGAGUCCCACUCUUGCUUUAGCAUGGCCCUUGCCUUUCCCUCGCACGCGCAAGGCUUGCCCCCGUGGUAGAGUGUGCAGAGGAGGCUCCUUCCUCCCCAUCUCAUCUGGGAAGGAAGCUCCCCCUCCACAUGAAGGCGUUCUCCUCCCCCUGGAAGGGGUUCUGCCUUCUGAGGUGACAUCCAGGAAGCUGUCCCCAUUCCCUUCUCCUUUAGAUGCUAGAAAUAUAUUUUGAUUAUGAUCAUGGGGUUGGGAGGGAGAGACGGAGGGAGGGGAGAAGCCCAGCAGAGGCUGAGCCAGGCAGGGGAGAAAGAAGCUGAUAGAUGGAAGGGUCUGGCAGGCCACAGGCUGUGGGAGCUGGGGGGCUUUCCCCGGCUGGAGGCUGAGGCCUUGAUUCCCUCUGACCCCUCCCUCUCCCCUUGCUCCCUUUCUCCACCCAGAGUCCUCUGCGGGAUUAGCCGUGUAUUGAUUUUUAAGUUAUAAGCAAAGGGUAUUUUAUUUAAUAUUAGGGCACGUAUGUGUGCAUGUUGUGUGUACCUGUGUGUGUGUGUGUGUAUGUUUCUCUACUGAGCCUGGGGUCUCCAGCCAGGGAGACCCCAUCUUGUUCACCCUGUCCAAGUUCCUGGGGCCUAGGCCCACAGCAUCUCUUCCUCCCUUGGGGAUGCUGAAGCCCAGGCCAAGGUCUGGGAGCUACAUGGGAAGCUGGGGCUGGGAUCUGGGUGGGAAUAUGUGUUUGUGUAGAAAGGGGCCCUCCUUAAAAGGGACAGGGGUGAUUUUCCCUGAGGGACUCAUUGGCCCGGGUAGUUUAAUGGAUAAUGUUCUUACUUUCUUCUCCCUCUCUUCCCUACCUCCUGCUAACCCGAGCAGAGGUCGCUUUCCUCGCUGAGAGAGUGGGGGGCAGGAGGAAACUGACAGUGCCUGCAGGUGGAGGGGGCAGAGAGGGAGGACACUCUGGGUGUGGGAUGCCUUUCUCCUCCACCCAUCGAAACCAGCCACCCCCUCCUUGUGCCACCAAAACAGCCUUUUCCACUGGCCGUUCUAAGGGGAACUCCCAAAUGGGUGUUGGUGGUGGGAGGACAUGGAUGUUCCCCCCUAUAGAAGCCCCAAGCGCUAAGGUAUGCAUUGGGGGCUUUGGAUAGGUUUUCUUCUGCUCCCCUGUCUUAUAGAUCUAGGUUGCCUGGCUGCCUGCCUUUCCAGGCAGCCCCCCUAGAGGAAAAUGUAGGAAUUUUUUUCUUUAACUGCUGUGAACCCACUUUGGGGGGGAGGAGGAGGAGGAAGAAACAGCCUGUGUUUUUUAUGCAAAAAUAAAGUCAUCAACCACAUCAUG